AAAUGAUUGCCUCAAACUCUCGGAAGUUUAGCCAAGUUGCUGUGAUGUAGCUGGCCAGCUAGCUAGCUACAUACAUAACAACGUUAGUUAAAAGACGGUGCGACUAAGGGCAGGCCCACAUUUUAUGUUGGCAUAGCAGAUAAAGCAUCAUGACUGCUCCUCCUCAGCCUCGGAGGAAAGAACCAGGGAUACUGGUGGCUGGAUCUAGACAUCAGAUGGUGCUCUGAAGAAGCCAUGGGAAGCUGCUUGAGCUGUCCAGAGAAGGAGUCAAUCCCAGAUAAUCAUCAAACCAAAUUUAAGGUGAUAAAUGUGGAUGAUGAUGGGAACGAGCUGGGCUCGGGCGUGAUGGAGCUGACAGAGGCAGAGCUGGUCCUCCACACCCAUCGCCGUGACGAUGUUAGGUGGCCUUACAUGUGCCUGCGUCGCUAUGGCUACGACUCCAACCUCUUCUCAUUCGAGAGUGGCCACCGCUGCAAGACGGGACCAGGGAUCUUUGCCUUCAAGUGUGUGCGGGCAGAGGAGAUCUUCAAUAUGCUGCAGGAGGUAAUGCACAGCCACAGCAUCAGUGUGGUGGAGGAGGCCGUGCUGGAGGCCAACCACCAGUCUGCUCUGGGCUACUCUGUCCCCACCGUGCCCAAUGGUGUCACCCGGAUCCCUUCGGUGGGCGACACCCCCUCGCACCCCUCCACGCGCCACCCGUCUGUGGCCAGCACCCGCCUGCCCUCGGUGGGAGAGGAGUCCUCACACCCCCUGCUAGUGGCUGAUGAUGCGAUCCACACCUAUGUGAACACCACAGGUCUGCUGGAUGACCAGCCCAGCCCUCUGACUGCCAGCCCCCUGGACAGCCCCGACUCAGGCCAGUCCCAGUGUUCCCCUACACCCCCCCCUCCACGGGUAGCCAGACCAGAGCCUCUGCCCCCCAUGCCCCAGCUCCAGGAAGAGCCCCAGGUACUGCUCGAGCCCCUGGGGGUGCGCUUCGUGCUGGGACCCACCCCUGUGCAGAAGAAGAUGGCCAAGGGGAAGCAGUCUACUGGGGGUGGAGAUGGAGAGGAGGCAGAGGAGGACCCAGAGUCCCCGGAUCUCAGAGAGGGGGAGACUAACAGCCACACCGACACACACUGUGCCACAGAGGCCCCAGCCCUACUGGAGGGCCAGUCUCAGCCGCCCCACACACACUCCAACGGCACCUCUGUCUGGGUUACUGCCCCAAUAACAGCUCCCCGCCUCCACCGCACGCCCCCCGACACCCUGCAGAAUGUCAACAACUCAGCCCAGCGACGCACGGCCCUCUUGGACUAUGAGAACCUCCCGGCUCUGCCGCCCGUCUGGGAGACCCGCAAGCCCAGCAACGAGGAGGUGGAGAACAAUGGAGGCGGCCAGGGGGGGCUGAAGACGCCAUCCCUCAACGGCUACAACCACCACUCCUACUCCCACCCCCUGUCAGCCUACCCCUCUCUUUCAGCCAUGGAACCCUCCCGCAACUACGUCAACACAGAGAACGUGACGGCUCCUCUCAGCGCCCGCUGUGCCCCCGACAUAGUACGCCGCCGCACCGACGGACCCACCAUCUUCAACUUUGACUUCCGCCGGCCGUUGGGGCUGCUGUGUCAGGAGCCUCCCAAGACGCUCAACUACAUUGAGGUGGAGAUGGAAUCUACCACCACCUCUUCAUCCGCAGCUGCCAAGGGUGCCUCCUCAGACACCAGCAAUCCCCACACACCCCGCACCCCCACCUCGCCGCUGCCACCUACCACCCCCACGCGCCGCACCGAGCUCUACGCCUUCAUUGACAUCGAGCGCACCGCCGCCAUGUCAAGCCUGCAGAAGGCUCGGCCGCGGGACGACGGAACGUCGAGGAAAACGCGGCACAAUAGCACGGAGCUGCCCACCAAAAGCACUGUCUGACUGAACGGAUCCUCCUGGCACCCUUUUCUACUAUGAACCCCUUUAGAAAAAAAAUGUGAAGGCAGUCUACACAGGGGACUUUCUUAAUAAACACAGGCCAUGGAAACAUUGGAAAUGUAUUCAAAGAGACUCCAGAAAUCGGUCUUAAAUGAGAUUUAAACAGACUUUCUGUUGUGUGUGGUUGGUUACCAAAGUAGGUACUUACUUGCGAUAUACCAAUUUAUUCCUAUGGUAAUAUAAUACCUCUUCUCCUUCACUCAUUCUACAGUGCAUUUGGGUUGUUUAUUAUGUUAAUAAGACUGGACUGCAUUCCUCCUCACCCCCCCUCCCCCCUCUGGUACAAAUCAGAAUUAUUGAACAAAGCAUUCCAUUUAGCCAUUUUGAAUGAUAUGAUUCACUACAUGCAUUGCUGCUGUAAUUUCAGUAUCUGAGGAUUACAUGGUACACUACAUGUUUCUGACUAUGUACACUAGAUCCUGGCACAAUAAAUGUCUGUUCUGUU